AGAGUAAUAAGCUUAGUUGGUAUGUCAAUUUAAAAAGGAGAAAGUACCAUAGAACAUGAUCCCGGCCUACUCUGUUUCUAUUCCGCACUGUUGAAAGAACUUCUGGUCUGGGCGCCAACAAUUCAAAAUUGAAUGAGCCCCAUCUGUAUCUACCGACAACCAUUCCGCCAUUAAAACAUUCUUCACUCCUCUGUCGUCUUCUACCUCGCUCCAAAUCAUCAUUGUCCUCUUCUCACUCCCUUAAAUCUCACCUUUUACAGGAAAUACAACACAAUGGGGUGUGUUUCGUCUACUCUGCUCAGUCACGACGACGAGUUCGCUCAAAUCGGCGGCACCGCCGGCUUCGGCCACCACAUUGUGUCGCUCACCUCAACCACCUACGGCCUCUUGACUCUCGAUCCCCCGGCGCGUUCAUCCGGAGACGAAGAGAGUAGUGUUUCUCCGCUGCAGACCACUGCGCCAGCCACACCUACUCCGCCUACUCGGUUCAGUCUCGGGACACUCUUCGCCAGCCCGUUGCUUUCCGAACCUAGAUCGGUCAAGUUGUCUGAACCGCCGUCUGAAAUUAUCAACUCAUGGGAAUUAAUGUCCGGUCUUGAUUCAGGACAACUGUUUAGCCAAAGCGCCGCUAAGAGCUUCCGAUUUGCUCCUUUACCUGCUUCCACCGCAGACAGUAUCUGCAGAAAUUCUCCUUUACGCUCGAAGCCAGUGCUUAGUAAAGAAAACUCGAACCCUAAUGUCUCCUCAGACGGGGCUAAAGCUGAUGAAUCGGCUGUUCUAAAGUCAUCAAGCUUAGUUGAAGCUACACUGUCCAGAAAAUCCUUCAAUUCCAAGUACCCUUCCCUGGAUCAGUUCGAAGAGCUAUGCCCACCAAAUGGGCAAAACAGGGUCGUGAUCUAUACGACGACAUUGAGGGGCGUGAGAAAAACCUUUGAAGCUUGUAGUGCGGUCAGAUCCGUUAUUGAGGGAGCUGGGGUUUCCAUUUGUGAUAGGGAUAUUUCAAUGGACAAAAGAUUUAAGGAAGAGCUUAGGGAUCUAAUGAAGGGUAAAGAUAGCAGUGAGCUAAUACCUCCACGGGUGUUUGUGAGAGGGAGAUACAUUGGAGGUGCAGAAGUGGUAUUGAGGAUUGCUGAAGAAGGGGGGUUGGUGGAUUUGCUUCAAGGAUUGCCAAAAUUGAGAGUCGGGUAUGUGUGUGAAGGUUGCGGAGGUGCACGAUUCUUGCCUUGUUUCACAUGUAAUGGAAGUUGUAAGAUGGUUAUGGUGGUGAGGGAAGACAUGGAGGAGAAGCAUGGCAAAACUGUGGUGGUGAGGUGCUCUGAUUGUAACGAAAACGGCUUGGUGCUUUGCCCCAUUUGUAGCUAGAAGGUGCACCCGCCAUUUCUUGGUGCAAGGAACUGAUGAUCGGCAUUCAAAUGCUCAGGGUGCAUUUUAUGUGUGAGCUUAUGGCAUUGAGGAUAUCUUCUUAAAAGUGGUCCCGGUUUUACGCUGGAGCUUGUCCAGUGGGGUUUGCAUUUUUGCAGCUUCAGAGGAUAGGUGAAAAUAUGGGAUCCGGCCUCCAGUUAUGAUAUUGAAGAUCAGUUUGAAGUUCAACUGGAUAAAGAGCAAGGCUAAUAAAGGUUUAACUUUGCCGGAAACAGUUUCUACAAUGUACCAAUAGAUUAUAUGUAAAUUACUAAUUAAAAUGGAUCAGUAAAUUAUUGUUACUUGAAAUUCCAAACUUCCUCUGUUUGGAAAACUAACAUGUUCCAGACAUCUGGAACAAAAUGACUUUCCCAAUAUGACAUUGAUUGAUGUCUUUUGCUUUGCAUCAUAUCCAAAACGGUAUUGACCAACCUUGUUUAUAGUAAUAUAGUUAUAUGGACUCUAACGCCCUUAGCCCACACCUCACAAUUUCAAAUUCUCAUGUAUUGAUAUGGGAUGCAAGCCUGCAAGACAUAGUUAUAUCCAUGCUAUAAACAUAU